CUGCUCUUCCUCUCCCCCGACCCUCUGCAGCCGACGAACCCCCCAGCCACCGCCACCCAUUUUUCCGGCCGGAAAUCCGGCAAAGCUUGGGGAUUUCUCCCUAUUUUCUUGUCUUAGAACACCUAGUAAACCCAGAAAUUCCCCCUCUUUGCUGGAAAUUCCAGAUCUGCGCUGUCUUCUUCCCUUUGUCCGUCGGCCUCUGCUUGUGUGGGUGUGAAUUCUCGGCUUUUCUGGUAAGAAACAGCCAUGAUUUCAUCCUUUUAGCUUUGAUUAAGUUGGGUUCCUUUAAUUUUGGGUAAAUCCCGUGAGUUCCUGCAGAAUUUCCCCCAAAUUGCCGUCGGCUUCUUCUCCCUGCCAGCUACGGUUUGCUUGCUGGAAUUCUGGUAAGUUGCCGGCUCUUCCAAGUCCAAUUUAUCCAUGUAAUUGUUGCCUUGUGUGUGUCCAAAUUGUGCCGGAAAAGGGGAUAAAUUCCGGUAGCAUUUAGCAACCCUUUAAAUGUGUUUUGUUGUUUAAACUAUGUGGGAAUUAGCUUGAUUAAUUGCUGUGAUGUUCUGUAUGCAUAGCCGGGCUUUAGUGCUGUUUUGCCAAGCUCGGUUUCUCCAUUUGAGAAAAUCCGUGAAAUUAGCUAGUGUUUUGCCCAAAAUUUUGAGGUUACCGUCACUGUUCACUGCGGAUCACUGUUCACGGGGUAUUGUUCAUAGGGUACUGUUCAUAGGCACUGUUCACACACCAAGGGUCAACGAUUAGCGGGGAUUUAAAGGAUUAGUUUGUGAUAUAAGAAUAAGUUUGGAGAUGUCAGGUUAUGUGGAGAUUGAUAGAAAUAGCAUCGAGAUUAGGGGUAGUCCCGAUGAUGAUUUUACUUUGAAUUUGUGGUGGUAUGGUUAUUAAUUGUGGAAUAUUGUGAUUAGGUUUUGAUCGUUCUGUCACCGUAGCACUUGGGUUAGCCUUCUGUUCUGUGCGAGUGAGGUAAGUAAGUUAUGGUAAAGCCCUUUGAUUUUAAAGCAUGUUUUAAACUGUUUUUGAGAUGGUGGCAAGCUUUAAAUUGAUUUUAUCGGCAUUUGAGUGUGAUUAAACUGGAAUGCAAAUUGUGAUGGGUUUUAUGGGAAAUUUCCUUGUUUUUCUGAAAUUGAGCAUGAUUGGAACGAAAAUGAGGAUUUUAUUGAUUUUCUGGAAUUGAACAUGAUUGAAAUGAAAAUGAGAGUUUCAUUGUUUUUCGGGAGUUGAGCAUGCCUAUUUAGAAAUUGACUGAACUGUUUUGAUGAACUGAGAGUUUGCAAAUUCUGAGUUUUCUGUUAAAUCCAUGGUCACAUGGAAAUUUCCGGUUUGUUCUGAAAUUUGGGAUUGAUUGUGAAAUUGGGGUUUUUCUGUAAAUCCUGCAUGGUUUUGUCUCGGAUAUAGUCAUGAUUACUGACGCUCGCUAGUGGGAGCUGUAAACGCUAGCACAUGUCGACAUGUAUUUCUGUGGAACCGGUUCACCUUGCCGAUGGGGUUAAACAUUGGCACUAUUACUGACGCCUGCCAGUGGGAGUUUGUAAACACUGGUACUCCUGAAACCCUGCCGAUGGGGUUAAACAUUGGCACUAUUACUGACGCCUACCAGUGGGAGUUGUAAACACUGGCACUAUUACUGACGCCUACCAAUGGGAGUUUGUAAACAUUGGUACCAUUACUGACGCCUGCCAGUGGGAGUUUGUAAAUACUGGCCAUGACUUAU